AUGUCCAAGGACGCUGCCCUCGCCGAAACCCAAUCCCUCCUCGCCGCCCUGCAGUCUCUCGACCUUAGCGACAACACCCAACGCGUCGCCCUCCUCCGUCAAACUAACCGCAUCCGUGCCGCUCUCGAAACUCCCCUCGAGCUCGCCUCACGAUGGAUGGAAACCGUCGCCGCAGCCGGUGCCCUCCAACUCCUGAUCCGCAUCGGCGUAUUCGACAGGCUGCCCGCCGAUGGGACCCCUAUCUCCGCAGCAGAGCUGGCACAGCAAGCGGGAGUCGAUGCGUCCGUUGUGACGCGGUGCAUGCGGAUUCUGGUAGCCCAAGGUCUGGUCGAGGAGAUGAAAGGGGAUGUGUAUAAGAGGAAUGGGCUCAGCGACUUCUUCAAGAGCGAUAAACUUGGGGCGAUGAUGUGCACGGGGUUUAUGUUUGCUAGAAUAUGGGCCAUGUUUCCGGACUAUGUUAAGACCCAUACGCCGGAGGAUUUAUGGGAUGUGACGAAAAGUCCGUUUGUCUGGACCAUCGGGCAGGAGGGCAAGUCGUUCUAUGAGGUGCUGGAUACCUGUCUGGAUCCGGUACAGAGGAGUUUGUUUGAUCUGACGAUGACCAAUGUGGAGGGGAUGUAUCCCACGAGGGACAUGUUUCCUUUUAGGGAGAUGAAGGGGCAAGUGGAACUGGAGCCAGAGAGGCCGUUUGUCGUGGAUGUUGGGGGAGGAAGGGGCCAGGUGUUGAAGGUUAUUAGGGAAGAGGCGGGAGAGAUUAAGGGGGGGAGGUAUAUCCUGCAAGAUUUACCCAUUGUGAUUGAGUCGUUGAAGGGGGAGGAUUUGGGGGAGGGAAUCGAGGUGAUUGCGUAUGACUUUUUUGCGGAGCAGCCUGUUAAGAACGCCCACAUUUACUUCUUCCGUAUGAUCCUGCACGGCUUCAACGACGCCAUGUCGGUGCAGAUUUUGAAGAACACUGUCUCGGCUAUGGGCCCUGAUUCGAGGCUGAUUGUCUGCGAGAAGCUAGUGCCGGAUAUGGUGCCGGUCGGGGGGUCGACGGAGCUUUAUUGGUUGGAUAUGCUCAUGAUGUCGGUUGGUGGGAAGGAAAGGACGGUUGCUGACUUUCAGAGGGUGUUUGACCACGCUGGGCUGGAAUUGGUCGGGGUCUAUAGGAGUAAGACGAGUCAGGCGGCUAUGCUCGAGGGGAGGUUGAAGAGGGUGGCGUAA